CAGGAGAAUGAUAGCAGCCAAGAACCAGCGCCAGAGUGCAGCACUGCAUGCUCUCCAACUGAUGAUGAUUUCAGCCAACAACAUUAUCUAAUCCCUGGCUAUAAUCUAAUAUUCAUCAAAGAGGAAGAAUAUGUUAAGCAAGAGGCAGAAGGAUGUUCAGUGGAGAGUGAACCGGAGAUGUGGCCUUCAAACUGCAGCACAUCUGAAACUGCCAAUGCAACAGAAGUGGGUGGACUGAAUGCACAUUCAAUCUCUCCCAUGGAAGAGUGCACUGAGCCAUCUGUGGCUGGCAAAAAGAUCAAGCUCUACAGCUGUGCUGACUGCAGCUAUAAAACUCCAUCGAUCACUCAUUGGAAGAGACACAUGAGAAAACACACUGGGGAAAAGCAUUUCAGUUGUGAGUAUUGCGACUAUAGAUGUACUCGAUCUAGUAAUUUGGAGAAACAUAUCAGAACACAUACAGGAGAAAGACCUUUCAGCUGCGAGUAUUGUGACUAUAAAUGUGCUGAAUCUGGUACUUUGAAGAAACAUAUCAUAACUCAUACAGGAGAAAGACCUUUCAGCUGCGAGUAUUGUGACUAUAAAUGUGCUCGAUCAAGUAAUUUGAAGGAACAUAUCAGAACACAUACAGGAGAAAGACCUUUCAGUUGUGAGUUAUGUGACUAUAAAUGUGCUCAAUCUGGUACUUUGAAGGAACAUAUCAAAACACAUACUGGAGAAACACCUUUCAGCUGCAAGUAUUGUGACUAUAAAUGUGCUCGAUCAAGUAAUUUGAUAAAACAUGUCAGAACACAUACAGGAGAAAGACCUUUCAGUUGUGAGUUAUGUGACUAUAAAUGUGCUCAAUCUGGUACUUUGAAGGAACAUAUCAGAACACAUACAGGAGAAAGACCUUUCAGCUGCGAGUAUUGUGACUAUAAAUGUGCUGAAUCUGGUACUUUGAAGAAACAUAUCAUAACUCAUACAGGAGAAAGACCUUUCAGCUGCGAGUAUUGUGACUAUAAAUGUGCUCGAUCAAGUAAUUUGAAGGAACAUAUCAGAACACAUACAGGAGAAAGACCUUUCAGUUGUGAGUUAUGUGACUAUAAAUGUGCUCGAUCUGAUUCUUUAAAGGAACAUAUCAAAACACAUACUGGAGAAACACCUUUCAGCUGCAAGUAUUGUGACUAUAAAUGUGCUCGAUCAAGUAAUUUGAUAAAACAUGUCAGAACACAUAAAGGAGAAAGACCUUUCAGUUGUGAGUUAUGUGACUAUAAAUGUGCUCAAUCUGGCACUUUGAAGGAACAUAUCAGAACACAUACAGGAGAAAGACCUUUCAGUUGUGAGUUAUGUGACUAUAAAUGUGCUGGAUCAAGUAAUUUGAUAAAACAUGUCAGAACACAUACAGGAGAAAGACCUUUCAGCUGCGAGUAUUGUGACUAUAAAUGUGCUCGAUCAAGUGAUUUGAAAAGACAUAUAAGAACACAUCAUAAAGGAGAAACAACCACCAGCUGAAAAUUUGUGACUUUACAUGUGCUCAUUUAAAUUUAUUUUACUGUGUUUCCUAGUAAGGUGGUCACUAAUAACAGGAUAAGUUAUUGAACAUGUGUGUACACACAAAUGUCGUUCUUAUUUUCGUGUCAUCACAGCUAAAGGCUUCAAACAACAUUUUUUGAGGUUCUGAGUAAGUAUCGGCUCACAACUCCCCACUCCUCUAUUUAAAUUGCCAGGGUUGCCCUGGACUGGCGUCUGUGGAGGGGCGGAGUGGGGGAUGCUGCUCACAGUGUGGUGUGUGCCGGCGGAAAUCAACCUCGCACUUUCCAUUACCUACUCACAAGCAUUACCUGCUCACAUGGUCAUCAUCCACAAUAAAAUUAUCAAGUCAUUUGAUAAAAUA